CUUCAUUGACAACGUUUUACUUUCAGACAUGCAAGUUCUAACAAUCCAGACGCCAACUGCCGUCGCAAGUGCUUCGCUGUAAACUUCAUUUCCCACAAUUCCUACUUCCGCAAUUUUGCUCGAAACGGUGCAAACCGGAUGAAGUGGUCGCUUGGUCUAGUUAGCCUCAGCAAAAGUCACAAGGGAGCUUCGGGACAAACGUAUCAGCAGUGGAAAUGAAAGGAGCGUGGCUCUGCCCUAAGUAGCCGUGAUGGAUGGGGGCACCCAAGGAGCAGCAGCUGCUGCUUGGGAGAAUGGAACACUGGCAGCUGUGGAUCGCCUCCAGUCAGACAGGGCGGACAGUCCCACACCAGGACUGGUGGAAGGAACUGAACCAGGUGCUGGUCAGAGAAGUGCCAUGUUCGUUCACGCGCAGUCCUUCGAGGAUCUGAGCACCGAGGUUGAAGACAGGGAAGCUCAGCUGGGCAAAUCGGAAGGGUGCGAUGCCGAAGAAUUCAAUGUGCUGGUUGGGGAGAAACCUGCCCAAGAACCACGUAAUAACUUCUCAUCGGACAACAAGACAAAAGAGGAAGACAUCUCCAGUGAGGCAUGGCGCAGCCACAAAAAACACAUUUUUGUGUUAAGUGAAGCUGGAAAGCCCAUUUACACUCGCUAUGGAACUGAGGAGGCUCUGUCUAGCACCAUGGGGGUGAUGAUGGCUCUGGUGUCCUUUGUGGAGGCUGAGAAGAACAUAAUUCGCUCUAUCCAUGCAGAUGGCUGUAAGGUGGUUUUUCUCACGAAGAGUCCUCUGGUCCUGGUGGGAGUCUCUAAGACCUGUCAGUCGGACAAAGAGCUGCUGCGGGAGCUGCAUUAUAUUUAUUACCAGAUUGUCAGCCUGCUGACCCUCACCCAGCUCAACCACAUUUUUCAGAACAAGCAGAACUAUGACUUGCGCCGCCUGCUAGCCGGCUCCGAGUACCUCACAGACAACCUGCUGUUCCGUCUAGAGCGUGACCCAAGCUUGCUGCUCAGCGCCGUGACCUGUUUGCCUCUGGCCAGCUCCUUUAGGGAUGUCGUUUCGUCAGGUCUGCAGGCAGCCAAAGCCAAAAACCUGGUGUUUUCCAUCCUGCUGGCCGGUGACCGUCUGGUAACUCUAGUGAGGAAGAAGGACCAGUUCUUGCACCACAUAGACUUGCACCUGGUCUUUAACCUGGUUGGGUCCUCCUCGUCGUUUCGAGAGGGCGAGGGCUGGACGCCGAUUUGCCUUCCCAAAUUCAACACUGCUGGCUUUUUUCACGCUCACAUUUCUUACCUGCAGCCUGGAUCUGAGCUCUGUCUCAUCCUGGUUUCCACCGAUAGGGAGGAUUUUUUCAACAUGUCUGAGUGCAAGCAGCGGUUCAUGGAGAGGUUGAGCAAGCGCAGCGCAUUCCAGGCCCUGAAGGAGGCGCUGAAGUGUCCCAGCUACUCCGUGGCUCAGGUUGGGAUCCCAGAGCUCAGGCACUUCUUGUAUAAAUCAAAGAGCUCUGGGCUCUACACCAGUCCAGAAUUCCCUACAGUGUACCAGACUGAUGGAGAGCAGGAGAGACUGAUGAGGUUGUACCAGGACCUUCACAGCGCUCUGCACCAUCCAACCAGACCUCUUCGCACUUUCUACCGCUGUGGUGAAACCGAAAACAUGCUGGCUCUGGUGACCAGCGGCUUUGAGCUCUACCUCUGCUUCAGUCCGCUGGCCACCAAGGCCAUGGCGGUCGCUGCAGUCAACAAGCUGCUGAAGUGGAUCAGGAAAGAGGAAGAUCGCCUCUUCAUCCUGACUCCCCUUACAUAUUGAGACCAGAAGGUUCAUGCAAAAAUCCCAGAAGCCCCUGCUCUGGUAUAAAUGCAAGCUUACUGAGCUCCGCAUCCCUUUAUUCCUGCUAAUUAUCUCUGAUCUCUGAGGGGAACUGAAGCAGCAUUUUAGCUGGAUAUAUUUUUAUAACUUUUAAUUUCUGUCAUCCCAGGAGGAGCUCCUCAAAAACAUUUGGCAUUUCCAUUCUGUUCAAGUUCUUAAUAAAAAGGAGAAUUUCUUUUAUUUUAAAUGCUAUGAAUUUAACUCUUAGAUAUUUAAUGAAGGAUCCAUGAGAACAAGCACGCUGACGCUGCUGUGGAUUGUAGUUUGUUGUUUUGAUCUGCGGGGAUCGGCCACGUUCCUGCCGUCUUAUUGUGAUUCGAAGAAACUUUGUCACUUUAACUCUAUUUUCUCCUCUCCCCCAAAGGGCGCUCCAUUAAGCAGACGUGAAUAUGUUUGUAUUAGUUUUGUCAUAGACUAAUUCUAAUGUAACUUCUUUAUUUUCAUGGUCAGUUGCAUUUCUGAACAUAAACCACAAAGUGACGCUUUUCUGUGUUUUCUCAAAAUGUCACUGUGCUUCCUCUGGAUUCUGCUUGUACUUUCAGGAAUUCAGUGUUACUACAUCUGCCUUCACAUUUCAUGCCUUAACUAACCGGUAUCAAGCUGAUAUGAAGAUUUAUGGCAGCUAUUCUGCAAAAUAAUUAAGUAUAAAUAAAAAAAGAUCCAACUGA